AUGGGGUUUUUGAAGACUUUUGCCGCCACAGCGGUACUGGCUGCCCUUAUUCCCAAUUCUGCUGCUCUGAACGUGGACUCCAAAUCUAACGUAGCUGUCUAUUAUGGUCAAGGUGCCUACCAGCCUCGGUUGAGUCACUUCUGCCAGGAAACCUCUCUAGAUAUCAUCAAUCUUGGUUUUAUCAACGUCUUUCCCAAAGCUGUGGGAGACUGGCCAGGCUCCAAUUUUGGCAAUCAGUGUGAUGGUACCGUUUACGAAGGCACUGAGCUUCUCAGUGGCUGCCACCAGAUAUGGGAAGAUAUUCCCAUUUGCAAGGAACUUGGGAAAACGGUGAUGCUGUCGCUUGGUGGUGAGACUGCUUAUGAAGAUAUUCCCACUGACGAGGUUGCGGAAUGGUUUGCCGAUUUUCUGUGGUAUUCCUUCGGUCCCCCUGGCCAAAAUGAUACCUUCCCCCGUCCCUUUCAAGACAACCAAGUUGACGGCUUUGAUUUCGAUAUCGAGCAUUAUGGUGGCCAUGGCUAUGCUACUAUGAUUCAACGCCUUCGUAGCCACUUCGCCGACUUCCCAGACGAGACAUUCUACAUCUCUGGUGCACCACAAUGCCAGCUUCCCGAUGCCCAGCUUAGCGAUGCCAUCUCCAACUCGCAUUUUGACUUUAUUUGGGUUCAGUGGUACAACACGGCAGCUUGUUCGGCGACAAACUUCCUGGAGGGAAAUGGUCUCUUCAACUUCGCUGCAUGGGCUAAGGUUAUUCAAGACAGCGCCAACCCGGCCGCAAAACUUUUCGUCGGACUGCCAGCAUCUGAAGAGGCUGCUGUGGAUGGGUUUUACCUGAGCCCAGCGGAGGUUUACCCUCUUGUGGAUAUCUACAUGAAUCUGUACCCCGAUAUGUUUGGCGGUAUUAUGCUUUGGGAGGCCACGGCAUCAGAUAACAAUACUAUCAAUGGUUACAAUUAUGCCCAGCAUAUGAAGCACAUCCUCCAUGAAUGUGAUCCAUCCCCGCCGCCGACUUCGACUUCCACCAUCUUCGUGACGCCGACUUCAAAGCCCGUUUCGUCAACGCCCUCCAGCUCGGCGGUGCAGACAAGCUCUCAGACGCCCUCGUCUGCCCCUGUGUCAUCAAGCCAACCAACCUCUUCGAGCACUUAUGUCGCAUCUUCCACUGCCUCUCCUUCGUCGCCACCAGCUAGCUCUGUUACCCCAACAAUUGUUUCAUCUAGUGCGGCACACUCGAGCACCUCAAUCCCGUCCUCGAACCCGGUGACUGGCUCUUCCAGCAGCCCGGCCGCUUCUCAUUCGGUCUCAUCAAGCACAACUAGCGAGAGCUCUAUUCAGACCCCAGCGUCAAGCCACAGUCACCCGGCUUCAUCCAAUACUUCUGGCUCUGAGAAGCCCUCUACCAAGCCAACUGCUACCCCGAGCGAGACUCCAUGCUCAACUCGUCGUCAGCUUCUCGGACUCCAUCGCGCACUAUCACCCGGACUCCAGUAUCCAGCCCCCCCAAGUUCCACUGGCACUCAUCUGAGCCCCUCGGGCGAUUCUUCGGCCUCUGCCUCCCUGUCAACGACUUCCGGGCCCGCCAUUUCUUCCACCGAGGUCACUGGAGUCUCCCCUGGCAGCACCGUUACUACCGGAGGCUCAAGCGCUACAGGAGUCGAGUCUUCCACUGGCCCCCAGUCAACUGGAAAUGGUAGCCAGACUUCUACUAGCCCCCAGUCCACUGAUAAGGGCGGCGAGUCUACAACUGGUCCCCAGUCCACCGGAAACGGUGGCGAGUCUCAAACUGGUUCAAGUGUCACGGUUUCGCCAUCGGUGACAGCUGCUGCAUCUACUACAACUCCCCCAACUGUGACUACCAUCAUUGUCACGUCGUACACUGAUAUUUGCCCUACUGGUUUUACCACCAUUACUACAACUAUCACCACUACCAUCUGUCCAGAAGCCACUGCAGGUGUGACCAACCCUCCUUCUGGACCUGCAUCGACUACACCCUCUAUCCCCGAAGGCUGGACCACUACUGUCAAGGUCUGUGAUAACUGCGCGCCGACCCCUACUACUGUCACUUUGACCGUACCAAACCCCAUUCAAACGACCGAGGUGGCCGUGCAAACUUCCCCUGUUCUCGUGACUACUGAAACAUGGACCACAACUGUUACUUUCUGCAAGCACUGCGGUGUCACUGGCUCAUCGGUCACAUUGACCGUCCCUUACACCACGGUCAUCUCCACUGCAGUGACUGUGGUGACUCCAGGUGCUUCACCUGAACAAGGCGAAGUAACCGUUCCCGGUGGCUUGCCUCAAACUACCGCUGGCAACUCUCAAGGAGCGGUGCCUAGUCACGGACCUUCUUCAUCCUGGAGCUACAUUAAAGGAGGGGUUCACUCACCUAGCCAAACACCUACUUUCAAGGUUCAUGCUUCAACAACACAGACGGUUCAAAACCCUGCCCCAACUGGCAGUGGUGAAGGUGUGUCGCCGGUAUUCAACGCGGCUGGGUCUCAGUCUGGCCUGAUGAGCCUUUUCGGCGUUUCUCUCGCCGCUGUGCUUUCUAUCUGCCUUCUCAUUUGA